CACACACCCUCCCAACAGUCUAACAUAUCAUGCAAAUUGGAGGCUCCGUGAGCAAAGUAUUUUGUCCGUAGAGACAAGAAACAUUGAUGUCGGCGUCUUCAAAUCAAAGUCAAUGACUCUGGUGUUUAAACUCGAGCCAGGUGAAGUUUUUCCCAACAAUUUCGGCUGCUGCACAUGUAGGUGAACACUUCAGCUUUGAUCCACCGGUCAAUGCAAGGACGCACUCCUUGGUCAUCUUUAAGCAAUCAUCAGGUCAGUCGCAGCUGACCCACAUGGAGGACAGAACAGACAGUCCCAUAGCCGUGAAGGUGGAGGAGCAUUCUCGGUGUGUCAUCCUGACCUACUUCCAGGGUGACAUCAACAGCAUGGUGGACGCUCACUUCAGCCGUGCCCUCAGCAAAGGCUGCAAGGCCAAGGCACCGGCAGCAAAGGCAAAGAAAAUCCGUAAAACUAUUAAACUGGAGGAAACCAGCACCUGUCAGGGGCCGGCUGUUGACUGUUACUCAGAGUCACAGCUCCCUCCUGUAGCAGGACGUCUCAUGAACUUCAGCCCUGCAGACGACCCCGCUGGCUCGUGGCACUCGUUCACAACCAGGACGGGAGAGGGUCCGGGGUUGCCGUCCCUCACCUACUCCCUGUCCCCAGAUGGGUUGAGUCUUACUGGACAGCAAUACGCCUCAUCUCUGCUCAACCUCCUGCAUAGUGACCGGGGUGAGAUGGGACCCAGCGUGGCCUCCAGCUCCAAGCCAGAACUGCAUCCCAGCUGGACGAUGCCUCAGGGAUUUAGAGACUCCAUGGACCCCACCUUAGGAUUUGAACCUGGACGGCGUCUGGACAAGAAGGACUUGUACUGGUACUGAAAAGAGAGACAGAGGGAGAGUGGCUGGAGCAGCAGAGGCAAGAACAGCUUCAACAACACCACACACAUACUUGUGACUCUUUCUGCUCAGCCGUCAGGUGUUUUCUCGUCAAACAGGUGUCACUGAGCGUCCUCCAAGAAUACCCACAGGAGGAGCACUGCAGCGCUUCCAUUUCCACUCCACAGUGAAAUGAGCUCAGCACGUCAGCACGCACCAACUGGAACAACCUUUCUGAAAGGGAACACUCUCUGACAAACCUGUUCUUCAACUCUGUCACUCCUCUUGUAAGAUCUCAAAGAACUGUACAUGUUGUUGCUCCCGGUGAUUGAAGGGCAUUUUUCUUGUGCUGUCAUCAGGCACUUCUCUUCUACUGGGCCUACUAGUGUUGUCAAAUACUGGAAUUCCUAACUUCGAUGCAAUACCUUGGACAUGAUAGAUAUUCCACACCAGUGGGAAAAAUUGACAAUGAGGGCAUAUAGAUUAGAGAUUUUUACUAAAAGAUAAAUCUAUAUUUUUGACAACUCUAGCCUACACCAGUAAGAAGACCAGUAUUACAGUAAGUUAAAAGUCUAGUUUGUAGGAUUUAGUGGCAUCUAGCAGUGAGGAUUGCAAACUGCAACCAGCUGAACUCUCGGUUAAUUUCCUUCAGUGUUCAUUGUUCAGGAGAUUUUUUACCAGGAGCUGGAUUAUCCUCCUCUCCAAAAAUGGGUCAGGGGUCUCAUUUAUAAAACAGUGCAUAGGAUUCAUGUUAAAAAUGUACAUAUGGACAAAAGCCAAAAAUGGUGUGCACCAAAAAAUACUUGACAGUUUCUACAAUCAGGCCUCCACCUCACCAUCUGCGUCGCCAAUUUACCAUCUCCAAAAUAUAAGCAUGGGUCAAAGUUUCUCCCAUCAAGUCUGUUUUUAUAGAUCACAACUUUUACGUGGGAAAUGGCGUAGAUAUCUUUCAUGCCUCGUUUUGUUUGUACGCAUUGUUUAUGAAUGAGCCCCCAGAUGAUUUAAAAAAGUAAAAUCACUGUAUGAAGUAGUUCCAUGUUGUUUUCGGUGUUGUUUGGUUCACCACAGAGGGGCUGCUAACUGCAGAGGCCAACGCAAAAACACGAAUGGCCCUAUCUGGAGCCAGUGUUUGGUUUGUCAGUUCCGGGCCACGGUAGAAACAUGGCGAUGCAACAUGGCGGUGCAACACGGCGGCUCAUUCUGAGGUAACAAAAACACAGUUGUUAUUUUCAGGUGAUUAUACACCAAAAAAAUAAUACUCAUUAUUUUAUAUUCCAUUUCCUCCAAAAUCUCCCUAAAUCCCACACACUGGACCUUUAAAGUGAGAGCAUUUGUGAGUGUAUAAAUAUUGGUGUUAAUAUCUGUUACAGUCCACAGUUAAAUUGAAGUUGCUGUGAGAAUAUUUUAUAUAUUCAAACAAAAAAAUAUAUGAAGGAUAGUGAUGUUUUGUUAAUGACUUGUUUUCUGUGAUCUUGUGUGUCGUGUACUGUACAAAAAUGGAAUCAUAUAUGAAGUUAAAUAAAUAUCUGAGCAGACGA